AUGCGCAUCCCUCUCAGGAUCUCGGUAGUCCUGUGGGCAAUUAUCCUGGUGGUCCUCCUCGGGUAUUCGAUUUCGCGACUGUUGUUCUUCAAAUCUAUCUUCUUCGCCCACGCCGGCAUCCGCCUGACGCAGCCGCAGGUGGCCACCGCUGCCGUCGAGAGCAAAGAGGCCGGCGCCAGCCAGCGCGUUCAGCAUAUUCCCAAGAUUAUUCAUAAUGUUUUUCACAACUGGCACGUCCCGGGCGACGACACGCUGCCGAAGGAUAUGGCCGAGAUGAGGCAGACGUGUAUUGAUACGAAUCCGGAUUUCGAGUUCAAGCUCUGGACCGAAAAGAUGUCGCGCGAUUUCAUCGAGGAGGAAUACCCCUGGUUUCUGCGCACCUACGACGGGUACCGCUACCCAGUGCAGCGCGUCGAUGCUGUCCGCUAUUUCAUCAUGCAGCACUACGGCGGCAUCUACAUGGACCUCGACAACGGCUGCAAAACCGACCUCACACCCCUCCUCUACUACCCCCUCUGGACAACCGACGGCGGCCGCGGCGCCCUCAGCAACAACAUCCUCGGCUCGCGCCCGAACCACCCCUUCUGGCACCGCCUCACCCUCUCGCUCAUCCCCUACGACUGGAAGUGGCCGCUGCCCUUCGUGACCAUCAUGUAUGCCAGCGGCCAAUGGUUCCUGACCGCCAUGUGGGAGGAAUACCAUGCCCUGCUGCCCCGGCCCGUUGCCGGGGAUGCUGCGAAGAAUGCCGCGCCGGGCCAUGAACACCGUCUGUACCGCGUCAUGAUGGAUAUGGCGGAGGGCGCGGACCCGUGGGUGUUUUUCUCGCAUCAGGAUGGUGGCGGCGGGACGUGGAAUAACUGGGACAAUACACUAUUCGCGGGGAUUGGUGACCACCUGCUGCUGUUCUUUGUUGUGUUGUUUGCCGGGCUGGGGUUGUUGACGUGGGUUAGUGUGCGGUGUGUGCGCAGGUAUCGCAAGAAGAAGGGGUACACGAGGUUGAGCAAUCGCUCGAGCAGCAGCGUGGCGUAG